CUCUCUCUUGUGGGCGGGGCCUGGGGAGGGAGCGGCGGACGCGGAGGGGAACCACAGCGCCCCCCAACCGCGGUCCUCCAGGAGAAGAAGGAAGAAGGAAGGAGAGAAGAAGGAAGCCCCGGGAAGGAAAGAGAGAGAGAGAUCUCACCCAGAAGCGCUCCUGCCGGAUGCCUCCCGGGCGGGGCGCGAAGGCUCCACCAUGGGAAGCGGUGCCCCCGCCCGCCCUGCGUGUCCACCUGUGCCUCUGCCUGUGCCUGGCCUGGCUGCUGACCGGCGGAGUGGCCUGCGGGGCGGAGCGGCGGCCAGCGACAGGGAGCGCCUGCCCCUCGGACGCGACCUGGGCGGUGUGCCUGGAGGACGCUGAGGAGGGGCCGGAGGAAGCGCUGGACCGGUGGGCCGAGCGCCUGGCCGCGGAGGCGGGCCUGGCCAGCCUGGGCCGCGUGGGGCAGCUCCGUGGCCACUACCUGCUGGGCUGCCGGCCGGGCGGAGCGGGACCGGGGCGCGACCCAGAGGCCGCCCGGCGUGCGGUGGAGGCGGCCCUGGCGCGGCACGGAGGGGUGCGCUGGCACGCGGAGCAGCGGCCCCUGAAGCGCUCCAAGCGCGGCCUGGCCUUCAACGACCCCAAGUUCCCCCAGCAGUGGCACCUGAACAACCGCAAGAGCCCCGGGAUGGACAUCAACGUGACGGGCGUUUGGGAGAGGAACGUGACGGGCCACGGGGUGACCGUGGUGGUGGUGGACGACGGGGUGGAGCACACCAUCAAGGACAUCCAGCCCAACUACAGCCCGGAAGGCAGCUACGACCUGAACUCGGAUGACCCGGACCCCAUGCCGCACCCGGACGAGGAGAACGGCAACCACCACGGCACCCGCUGCGCCGGGGAGAUCGCCGCCGUCUCCAACAACAGCUUCUGCGCCGUCGGAGUCGCCUACGGGAGCCGCAUCGCAGGGAUCCGGGUGCUGGACGGGCCGCUCACGGACAGCAUGGAGGCCGUUGCUUUCAACAAGCAUUACCAGAUCAACGACAUCUACAGCUGCAGUUGGGGUCCAGACGACGACGGCAAAACCGUGGACGGGCCUCACCAGCUUGGAAAGGCCGCCUUGCAGCACGGGGUGAUUGCCGGCCGGCGGGGCUUCGGCAGCAUCUUUGUGGUGGCCAGCGGCAACGGAGGGCACCACAACGACAACUGCAACUACGACGGCUAUGCCAACUCCAUCUACACCGUCACCAUCGGAGCCGUGGAUGAGAUGGGCUUCAUGCCUUUCUAUGCGGAGGAGUGCGCUUCCAUGCUGGCCGUGACCUUCAGCGGCGGGGACAAGCUCAUGAGGAGCAUCGCCACCACGGACUGGGACCUGCAGAGGGGCACCGGCUGCACGGAGGGCCACACUGGGACCUCGGCAGCCGCCCCACUGGCCGCGGGCAUGAUUGCGCUCAUGCUGCAGGUGCGGCCCUGCCUGACCUGGAGGGACGUCCAGCACAUCAUCGUCUUCACCGCCACCAAGUACGAAGACCACCGUGCCAGCUGGGACACCAACAGCGCUGGGCUCAGCCACAGCCACCAGCACGGGUUCGGCCUCCUCAACGCCUGGAGACUGGUCAACGCAGCCAAGGUCUGGGAGUCGGUCCCGUACCUGGCCUCCUACGUCAGCCCCGUCUUGAAAGAGGGCCAGGAGGUCCCCUUGGCCCCCAGACGCCUGGAAGUCACCUGGAACGUGACGGAAGCGGACCUGUCCCUGUCCGGCAUGCGGACGCUGGAGCACGUGGCCGUCACGCUGACCAUCGCCCACCCGCGGAGGGGCAACCUGGACGUCCGGCUGGCCUGCCCCAGCGGCAUGACCUCCCUGGUCGGCACGCCCCGCAGCAUGGACUCGGACCCCGUGGGCUUUGUGGACUGGACCUUCUCCACGGUGCGCUGCUGGGGGGAGGAGGCCCAAGGCACCUACCGGCUCUGGGUCCACGAUGUGGGGGACGAGGCCCCAAAGCCCGGCGUGUUGAAGCAAUGGCAGCUGACGCUCUACGGUUCCGCCUGGGGCCCCGGAGAGAUCCGGGAGAGGCAGAGGCGCCUGGAGGAGGCCAUGAGCGGAUGGGAGCUGGAUCGCCCCUCGGCCUGGCCGUGCCCCCCGGGCCUGCGCAUCCCAGACCAGGAGGGCUUCUCCACCUCCACCAACACCCUCAAGACGCUGAUGCUUCUGGGCUGCUUCUCCGUCUUCUGGACCGCCUACUACCUGCUGGAGGCCUUCCUGUCGCGCCCACGGCCGGGGGUCCGGGAGCGGGGUCCUUGCGGGGGGGCCGCUGUCUGCCGCUGGGCCCCGGAGGGACGGGACGAGACGGAGAUGGAGGAGGGGGUGCCCUUGUGCCGGGGGACGGAGGCCGGGGACGCCGAGGAGGCGCGCUGCCUGCUGGGGGGCCACGAGGAGGGAGAGCGGGGCCAGGACCCCCCCGGACCCGUGGACGCCGCCGAGCGAGACCUCCAGGCCUGCUGACCGUGGCCUCUCCUCCGUCCGACCACGUGUGCCAACUGGGACAACAGCAAGGCCCAAAGGGCACUGGGCUUGGCCCUGGGGUCGGCCUCACCAAAGCGUGGCGCACUGUUGUGCUACGUUACGCUGUAUUGCACAA